AUGAAUCCUCACCAGCAGAACAAAGUCGAUAUCAAUUCGCUGAGCCCAGAGGAGCAGCGCCUGCUGCGCCUCUACGGCAAGAUGCCCACCAAGAAAGACGUCCUCCAAAACAAGCUCAAGGAACGCAAAUACUUUGACUCUGGUGACUACGCCCUCAGCAAAGCCGGCAAAGCCUCCGACGUAGGCGUCACCAACAUCGGAUCCCGCCACCCAGUGCCGGAGAACAUCCCCCACCUCACCUCAACCUCACCGGGUGCCAACAACUCUGCCAACAAUGGUAGUGUCAGCUCCCAAGGUGGACAGCAGAUUCCAGGUAGCAUUAGCGGACACCCUGGCUCGAUCGGAUUCCAAGGCCGCAGCCCAAUCAAGGAUGGAGGUAGCUUCCUACACCGCGGCACUAGUGUCAGUGAGGGUGAGGGCUCUGGUCUGGCCUCUGGAUCAGUCCAGGGUGAGCAGGAGCUUAGUGUUAGUCCCCCUACUGCGAGAGAAGGUGUUCCUAUCCGUCGAUAG